GAGAUGGGCUCAGUGUGCCGGGCUGGUUGUGGCUAUCUCCUGGCGGUGUUGUGGCAACUGCACUUUGGCAAAGUGUAGAGCAGCUAGAGCGCACGGCUCCAGGAUCUCUAGCCGGGUCCUGAGAUUCACGUCGGUGGGAGGAGGGGCGGAGAGAAGCAGGAUACACGUCUCUCCUGGGCUGACUGGAGACACGGAAAGCGAUCCUUACACUGGCCAUCCUUAUCACAGUAACCUCCACACAGAGGGCAAAGCUCAGCCUCGCUCUGUGCACACACCAGGCUUCACAAACACAAACCAGGCUGACCCAGGAGAGACGGAGAGCGCUUACUGUACGUUUAAACACAGACGCGACAGUAAAUCCAGGGAGACGCUUUCAGAAACCUGCCUGAUAAGGAAGGCGCUGUAUCAAACAGUGGCCGGGCACUGGACAGAGAUCCCGAACACAGUCAACGCCUCAAAUGAGCUCCAGGACGGGGUACCGGGCUGCUCCCGAGUGCAGAGUGAGCUACCCCAGGGGACCUACUGAUGCUGGCUAUAGUUGUGAAGAACGUCUGCCUGAGGGGCCGCAGUACAGGCCUGACGGGCACUACAGGCCCAGGUCCAGGGCAGGCCUCCCCAAACCCAGCCCCCUGACACCACAGCCCAGCUCAGCCCCUUCCCCUCACAGACCUCCCCAUAGCCUUCACUCAAGAGCAGAUUAUGAAAGCUCGUACUAUUAUGAUUCUGGCUACGGACACGGACACCGAGGAGCAUAUGGAGACUAUGGACAUUAUGGUGGAGAUUACGGGGGCUAUUACCAGGGUUACCAAAGACACCAGCACCCUUACCAGGAUGGUGACCGUUGGAGUGAGUAUGCGGGAGGUCAGCACCGGGGGCCGAGGGCAGAGCCCAGUGAGCUCCCUCGUUACCCCCCCAUUGGAUACCACCCUCACUGGGCACACGAUGCUCCGAGAGACGUCUGGCACAGGGGGACCCAGGAAGCUGGUUACGUCCAAGGUUAUGAUGACUGGCUGCCUGACCACUCAGAUCGCUAUGAUAACCACCGACCUGACCACGCAGAUCGCUACGACAACCAUCGUGGAGAUGCCCAUGGAGAGACGGUGAAGUCUGGCCUGGAGGUCAGGAGCCUGGCAGAGAUGCAGGAGUCGGGGCUGACUUCCAGCAGUUAUGAGCUGAGCCAGUACAUGCAGGGCUGUGUUGGGUUUGACAGCUCACCUGUGCCCCAGGACUGGAGCUCGGCCCCAGCAGUGAUCUCUACUACCCGAAGGCCAGUCACUCCGCUGAAGUACAACGUUCCCCAUGUCAGGGCGUCGUUCAGCCCGGGAGGUCACAUCGUGCAAGUCUGCCCCACCCUGCCUUCCGAUGGAGAGCCAGCCUUGGUGGAGCUGCACAGCCUGGAGGUCAUCCUGCACGGCACACAGGAGCAGGAGGAGAUGAGAGCUUUUCCUGGGCCUCUAGUGAGGGCGCAGCUACCCAAGGUGGAGGUGAUGAUGUUUUGCCAGCGGAGAGCGGAGGAGUGUGGGCAGAGUGCCAGCCUGCUGGAUCGCCGGUCUGCUGCCUGUAUCUGGGAUCUACUGGCCUUUCUGUGCAGGCACAAUGGGUGUGUUGUAGGCAGCGAGGUGGCUGAGUUCCUGCUGCAGGACGGCAGGUCAUCAUGGCAAGUCCAGAGCGGGUGGGCAUCCCUGGGUGAGGGCGAGAGGCUGGUAACUGUGCUGGGCGAGAAGCCGGUGCCUCUGGGCAAUGGAAUGCUGGACCUGCUGACCGGAGAGAUCCCGAGCCAAGCGUGCCCAGCGAGAGCACUCCAGACCUUCACAAACCUGUUGCUCUUCGGGAGGAAAAGGGAAGCCCUGGAAUCUGCAAUCAAGAGUGGUCUGUGGGGUCACGCUCUGUUUCUCGCCAGUAAAAUGGACCAGCGGGCGUACAGCAGCGUCAUGUCCAGGUUUACGAGCAGCUUACCCCACAACGAUCCCUUGCAGACUCUGUUCCAGCUGCUGUCUGGCAGGUUACCGGCAUCUGCUACGAGCUGUGGAGAUGUGAAUUGGGGUGACUGGAGACCACACCUGGCCACCAUCCUGUCCAACCAGACCAACAACAAUGAGUUCAACAAGAAAGUCAUGGUUACCAUGGGUGACACCCUGGCUGGGAGAGGUUUGCUUGAGGCAGCUCAUGUGUGCUAUCUGAUGGCCCAGGUCAGCUUCGGCCACUGCUCAGUAAAGACCAGCAAGUUAGUGCUGCUGGGCAGCAACCACAGUUUACCAUUUCCUCAGUUUGCCACGAACACAGCUAUUCAGUGUACUGAAGUGUACGAGUAUUCCCAGCGGCUUCACCAACCUCACUACAUCAUUUCCAACUUCCAGGUCUUUAAGUUUGUGUACGCGUGCCGACUGGCUGAUUAUGGUCUGCCUGCCCAAGCCUUCCAAUACUGUGAGGCAAUUGGGCGAGCCCUGGUACAGCAGUGUGAGGCUCACUGCACAGUGCUGACAGGCCAGGUGAUCAAGAUGGCGGACAGACUCGCGUUCUUUGACCCGGAACGAUUGGCCGAUCAAGGGCAGGGGUAUAUUUCGGAACCGGAUUGGUUGAAACAACUGCGAAUCUUGCACAGCAAGCAGAUGACACACGGCGUCUGGGACGGUCACGAGCACGCCCAGACAGUUAACUGGGCAACGGACAACCAAGAAAUGAGGUCUGCACACUAUACAGGGCCCGAGGAGCAACCUGAGGAACAUCUUCCAACAGCCAGGUCCCAGCCGUUGGCACCUGGUGGCCCUGACAGUGGGCAGGUCCCUGAGCCAAGUCCUGAACAGCAGCAGCAGUAUCAACCUUCUGCCAUCAGUGCUAACGGGUUGCCCGUCCCUCACACAGCACCAGCACAGACCCUGAUGCCCCCCAGUGGAUGUAAUGGUACCUGGGGCCAGCAGUCAACAUUGACAAGCAACAUGGAGCUGAACCCGAGAUCCCAGCUUGGUCCUCCUCCUCAGGAGAGAGGCAAUGGUAGGGCAGAUGCUGGUGUGGAGCCAUUGCCUUUGGUGACCAUGAGGGGAGACGGUGCAGAGUCCGGUCAGCAUUAUGCCCCAAGUUUGGCAGAGGGAAUGCACAUUCUACAACCCCGAAUUAGGACCACAUCUGAGGUGUCUUCUAUCUCUAUGGAGGAAGACGUGACCUGGGACCACCAUCAGCCAGGGACAGAUGACAGGACGGCUGCAAACCAGACCAGGGGAGGGCAGCCAGGCCAGGAGAGAACAGGAGGAGCGAGCAAUGAGGUGGAGAGGAAGGGCGGGAGGUUCUCUGGCUGGUUCGGAUGGUUCAGAUCAAAGCCGGCAAAGCAUCGUGAGGAGAAUGGGGAGCAGAAUGUGAUCCCGUGUCCAGAGGAUGAGGCUGUUCCCUUCUACAACCCCUCACAGUUCUCACAGAACGCUGUCUCCACACCCCGGGCCAGCCGCCUGCUAAACAACCCAUACCCGGUGACCCUACCACCCGGUGACCCUACCACCCGGUGACCCUACCACCCGGUGACCUGGUGGCUGAAUUCCGUUGCUCAGUGAUUGGGGCUGGCUCGGCACAAGGUUAAUGUACAUUUUACCCGAUCAAGGAAGAAAUUCCUCAGAGAAGCAGAGACAAACCCUGACUUCUACACUCCAGGCACCUCACCCAGACAGCAGCUUAACACAACACACCAGCCAGGAUGUUAGAGACCCUGACAGGGGCUUUACAAGACUGUAACAACUCUGCGCUCUCUACACACACAGUAACACACACACAUUCUCUAUACUGACAGUAACACACACACUCUAUACCGAGAGUAACACACACUGACAGCACUAGACUGUACUACACUCUAUACUGACAGCAAAAGUGACCCAACAAUCACAAUCCAAUUGAAACAUUGAAACCUGACAAUGGCUACCUCUGAAGUGCUGUGCGCAGCCUGACAAUGUGAAAUUAUAGUACAGUAAAACUUGCAUAAAUCAUCUUGUGAUGAAUUGUAUAAUUGCAUAAAGUGUAUUUGCACUUGACACACAGUCAUUUUCUCAAAAAAAGCCACUGAGAUUUCGUUGCACUAGUAGUAUUUUACAAGUGGUAUAAAUGGCUGAGUCAUAACUAUUUCUCGUUCCGAAAUAAUCCUGCAUCCUGAUGCUAAUCCUCUCGUAACUCGGAUCGCCGUGAGCGCACUUGCCAGCUGCUCCGAUGAAGGACCGCGUAAACACUUUGAAACAAGCCGAGAAACAAGAUCUUAUCCUGACACCACAUCACAAAAGGCAAACUUUAACAUCGUGAAACUCGUAUUAAGUCGGCUGAUUCAAUUUAUGUGAGUUUGCUCCUGACUCGUGCUUCAUGUAAAUGGCAUUAAAUGUUUUGGUC